AUGUCUCUCUCCGGCCCUUCGGAAAGCCCACCGAAGCCCCUUCCACAAAUUCCGGGCCCCAAGCUGGCGCCCUUUACUUGUACCGCCCACGCGGUUAUUCAGCUUGUAAACGAACUUGGUAACCCGGGCCAGGAUGGCCGCGUGUGGGAGGUUAAAAUCAGAGGGAAGACCUACGCGUUAAAAAUGUUCAUGUUCUGCGAGACCGAUUACUUGAGAGACGAUCUGGCGGGUCAUCUUGUUUGGGACCUCUCUUCGCCAGGCUUCUAUGCCGAUUACUUCGACCCAUUCAACUGCGAGUGCCGCGCGUACGGCCGGCUGAAGGAGGAGAACCAAGAACACCUCGCUGUCCGGUCUCACGGCUACCUGCUUCUCACACACGCCCAGGAACUCGAGAUCACCAGAUUUAUUACCGGGACCGAGGAUGACCGGGACGAUCUUCGGGAACGCACCGAAAAGGACUGUAACCUCCCGGUUCGCGCAAUCGUUAAGGAUCUGGUUAAGGGUGGACACCCUUUCGCUGCGGAGCAGAUCUCACAGAUGUGGGCGGAUCUGAAAGCGCUCCACGAGUUAGGGAUUAUGGUUCGGGACACCAACGUUUUCAAUUAUCUCAACGGAAAGAUCAUCGACUUCAGCAGAUCUUGGUCGACGCCCCAUCCCGGCUACGCAGCCAUCGACCGGUACGAUCUAAGGGAGGAGAGAAGUGGAGAGCCGCACGGCUUGAGCAAGGCGGUAAUCGAAUGGGGUAUUGGGAGCCAUUGGGUUUGGGACCAAGUUGUGAUUCCCGAUGAGUUGGUCAAGUGCGCCUCCGGCCGGGGCCCAAACAAGUAUGGGCCAGAUCCUAGGGUCUAUAACUGGCUUAAAUUGGAGAAGGACCCUUUGGUUGCAUCUGAAUUCAUGGAAAAGCAUGUGUUCGCGGGGUAUGGAAAUAAUGGAAAUUGA